GCCAGUACGCCCCCUCCCCCGUUAUAUUUUUCAAAUUUCAAAAUCCCCACUCUGGUCUCUGGCAAUGGCAGUCUCCACUGUGCAAUGACGCGACCGGUUUACCGCUAACGCCUUGCCUCCACUUCAAACUCAAAGUCUCAUCACACCAUUCACGUCAUGUCUUCUCGCGCAGGUGAUUUGUGGGCGGAGCUCAUAGCUUCCGAGCAAAAAAGGAACGACCAGCGUCCUGUAACUGUAAUAAAGCCUAAAGACCCCGAAAUUGCCGUCAUUUAUCGGAGGAGAAAGCCUCAAACUAACACUCAACAAAAUGUAGCAAGAAGGGAUUCGAGUACAAGCUCGGAGGUCGAGAAUCGUCUCAGUCUUGCCCCUCCCAAUCGUAUAAGUUGGAACCGUUCCCUUUCCACCAGAGGGAGGACUAGUAUUGCUGUCACUGCAUGUGUGAAACCUCAACGGAGGAAGCCAGGAAGAAAAGCAAAACCACCUCUUCCAAGGGGGAAAGCAGUAGAGCUUCCCAACUUUGACAAGGAGAAGGCAUACUUUGAAGAGGUUGAUGCGUUUGACUUAAUGGAGGAAAGCCCCUCUCCUAAGAAAUCUGGUACAUGGACCAUGGCCAUCCAAACAGAUCAUGUUGCAAUACCACGCCUAUCAUCAAUUUUACAGAAAUGGUUGCUUUCUAAGAAAUUAAAUAAUAGCUAUGCACCACCUACUUCACUUUCCAAGAUACUAGAAACUCCAGCAUCACGGAAGGAAUCUGCUCCUUACAAAUUGUCUAGAUAUUCAAUCCUUAAAGCGUCAGAAAAUGCAUCCAUACAACUGCAGUUAGGCAUGUGUUUUAAUGAAAAGAGAUGCCUUGAUUUCACUAAUGAAGAUAUCUCCAAAAGGAAGGCAUCUUCAGAAAGAAGCAUUGCAGAAGUUCAUACUGUUGUAGGGGAUGAUGGUGGAGAUAUUGAAGUUCAAGUUGGAAAACUUUCUUUGACUUCAAGGCCUUCUUCAUUGGAUGCUAACAGUUGGGAUCCGUUUUUGGCACUGUUAGCAGCAUGUGGGCAGUCACAUCCUUUCACACUACUAGAUGUCAUAUCAAAAUCUUGUAACCCUACAGAUAUUGUCAAGAUUGGUGAAGGGACAUACGGGGAAGCUUUUAGGGUUGCUGAAAGUGUAUGUAAGAUUGUUCCAUUUGAUGGAGAUUUACGAGUGAAUGGAGAAAUACAGAAGAAAGCAGAAGAAUUACUUGAGGAAGUCAUACUGUCUGGCACCCUUAAUAGUCUAAGAGGAUAUGAAAAUGACAUGUUGAAUUGCUGCACUUCAUUCAUACAAACGAUAGACAUGAGAGUAUGCCAAGGUCCUUAUGAUGCUUCUCUGAUAAGAGCAUGGGAAGACUGGGAAUUGAAUCAGGGUACAUUAAACGACAAUCCUAGGGAGUUUCCAGAAAAGCAGUGCUACAUUAUUUUUGUUCAAGAACAUGGGGGCAAGGAUCUUGAGAGCUUUGUUCUUUUGAACUAUGAUGAAGCGCGGAGUCUGUUAGUUCAGGCAACGCUUGCUUUGGCAGUAGCUGAGGCAGCAUAUGAAUUUGAGCAUCGGGAUUUACACUGGGGAAACAUCCUUUUGACACGAAAAGCUUCUCCUACUGUGAAAUUCAUUCUUGAGGGAAGACAAAUACAUGUGAGAACAUUUGGAUUGCUUAUCUCAAUAAUUGACUUCACUCUCUCAAGGAUGAAUACAGGUGAAGAUGUACUUUACCUGGACCUGUCAUCAGACCCUGAACUCUUUGAAGGCCCAAAAGGAGACAAACAGUCAGAAACUUACAGAAAAAUGAGGGAAGUCACUGGAGAAUUCUGGGAAGAAAGUUUCCCGAAGACUAAUGUGUUAUGGCUGCAAUACUUGGUUGACAUAUUGCUGCUGAAGAAAUCAUAUGCACGAAGCACUAAAGACGAGAGGGAAUUGCGCUCUUUGAAGAAGCGUUUGAAUAGUUAUGGUUCAGCAAAAGAGGCAGCUUCUGAUCCCUUCUUCUCUGACUUGUAUGCACAAUGAACCAGCCAACAAGGAGGCUUGAAAGGGGCUAAAGAAAAAGUAACUCUGUUGCAAAACAAUCUUUUGAAUAGAGUAGAUUACCCAAAAAAAAAAAGAAAGAAUCUUUUGAAUAGUAAAUCAUAGAUUUGAAAUGAAGCCAUUUUCAUUUGUUGUCUGUAGAUGUGUGUAGCUAAUGUUGAAAAAUGAAAGAAAUUUGCUCCACAUUAUCAACA